AUGAUCGACGAUCUCCUGCAGGUCAAGGUUUCUAAACUUCCGACCCUGAUCCCCGAUGCUUCCACGGCGUCUAGGGCAGAUCUGUCCUUCUCGAAUGUCAAAAAUUAUUCCGUGCAUUGCUGCGGCGGGCUUGACAUUCUGCCCAGCCUCUACAUUCCGGACCACAUUCCAGCGCCUUAUCACGUCCAGGACAUUGGCCAAUUCAGUGCUAUCAUCCCCACUCCAAUUGAGGUGUAUUGA